CAAAUGAUGACCAAGAAGCACUAGCAAAUAAUAACCAAGAAGUACUAAUAAAUGACAAUCAAGAAAUUAUAGCUAGAAAUAAUAACCAAGAAAUAACAACCAAAAAAUAUCAACAAAUAAUAAUCAAGAAGUAUCUAACAAAUGAUAAUCAAAAAAUACUAGCAAAUGAUAACCAAGAAAUACUAGCAAACAAUAACCAAGAAACACCAACAAAUAAUUAUCAAAGAAGCACUAGCAAAUAA